AUGGACAGCCCUGAGUAUUUUGAGACCAACUCAAAUAUAACUCUUGAUUAUAUAAACAGAAUAUUGAUGGAGGAGGACAUUGAUGAUAACAUCAGCGUAAACAAAGGACAAGGUGCACUUCAGGCGACAGAGAAGCUCUUCUACGAUAUUCUUGGGAAGUUUAGGAGAGGUGUUGAGGAAGCAAAGAAGUUUGUUCCAAAUAUUGAAAAGUUAGUGGAUGAUACAGAUAGGAAUGACCUUUCUGCUUGCAAACGAACAAUAGAGGCAAGAGAACAAAAGGGCAAGCAUGAGAACGAAGUACAUCCUCAUGUUGAGGAUUUAGAGUUGAUGGAACCGAGGAAUAUUAAGCAUCUUGCCAUCUCUACUUGCGGAAGAAUUCGGGACGAAAUGUUUGACAGUGUCCUUCUCUGCAAUAGGCAGCUCCCUGGUGAAGUUGCUCACCUUAGAGGAAUGAUGGCAAAAGAAACAAGCGACAAGCCAAAGAAAGUUCAAAGAAAAGGAUGUGGCCAAGGGCAAAGGAAGCCAAGAAGUCAGAAGGAGCAUAAGGAGGCAAUAAAUCUCAGGGUUUUUCUAAUGCAAUGUGCACAAGCGAUAGCAUGUAACGACCAUCCCUUUGCCAGUGAACUAAUCAAGAAGAUAAGGCACCACGCUUCCCCAUAUGGAGAUGGUUCUCAGAGAUUAGCAAAUUGCUUUGCAGAUGGACUCGAGGCACACUUGGCUGGGACUGGGAGUCAAAUGUAUGAAAAGCUGAUGACAAAACAAACAAGUGCCAGAGACAUGCUAAAGGCUUACCAUCUAUAUAUUGUAGCAUGCCCUUUUGAAAUGGUAACAUACUACUUCUCCAACAAAACCAUCAUUGAUGUUUUGGAGGGGAAACCAACAUUGCAUAUCAUUGAUUUUGGCAUCCUCUUUGGCUUUCAGUGGCCAUGUCUAAUCCAGCGCCUCGCAAAAGGAGAAGGUGGCCCCCCUAAGCUUCGAAUCACAGGUAUAGAUGUACCCCAACCAGGUUUUCGCCCUCAUGAAAGGAUCGAGGAGACAGGAAAGCGGUUGGCAGAGUAUGCAAACAUGUUCAAUGUACCUUUCCAAUAUCAUGGCAUUGCUUCAAGAUGGGAAACAAUCUGCAUUGAGGAUCUCAGUAUUCACAAGGAUGAGGUGCUCAUAAUCAACCGCAUGUCACGAAUGAGAAAACUAGGUGAUGAGAUGGAAAACAUUGAUAGCGCAAGGGAUAGGGUACUACGUAUGAUGAAGAGGAUGAACCCAGAGGUCUUCAUCCUUGGUGUUGUGAAUGGAUUGUACAGCUCCCCAUUCUUCCCGACUAGAUUCAGAGAGGUUCUAUUCCAUUACUCUUCACUUUUUGACAUGCUCGACACAAAUGUUCCUAGGAAUCAUGAAGCGAGGAUACUGGUAGAGAAGGAUAUCUUUGGGAAUGAUGCACUUAAUGUUGUAGCAUGCGAAGGUCCAGAAAGGACUGAAAGGCCAGAAAGCUACAAACAGUGGCAAGUGAGGAUCCUCAGGGCUGGGUUCAAACAACUUCCUGUUGAUCAAGACAUUCUGAAGAGAUCAGUAUAUUACAAGGAGUUUUAUCAUGAAGACUUUGUGAUUGAUGAAGAUAGUGGCUGGCUGCUGCAGGGAUGGAAGGGGAGGAUAAUACAUGCACUGUCAACAUGGAAACCUAGUUAACCAUAUGCUAAUCAGUAAGAUCAAAGAAGAUCUCUAUCAGUCUCCAAUAUCCUCCAG